AUGAAUGAAAACGCUGAUAUCUCCUCUGCCGAUCUGGCCGAAGCAAAUUCUUGCAGCGCCUCUUGUAUCAAGCAGAGCGAAGAAAUUGAUCAACUGAAGGCUGAAAUAGUUUGUCUCAAGAAGUCGGUGAAGUCAAGCGAGUAUAUGCAAAUUAACCGCCUGCAAAACGACAACUCUAGCUUAAUCAAAACAGUUGAAAUGCUUACAAAACAACUUCUAAAAUUGAAUACGGUUGAUGCAAAUAUUGAUCCCAGUUCUCAAGUAUCGAAGGAACCCGCUCCUAAAGUGUCGAAAAAGCAGAAAAAGAGCAAGAAGAAGAAAAUGAAGGCCAAGGAGGACAUUGAAUCGACAGAAAAAAAUGUUCCCCCGCCUCGUCAAGCACAUGCUGCCCCCACUAGCGGUAUGGAAAAUGUGAAUGACGAUGUUGCAGCUACCACGAGCAAGAAUAGAGCAAAAGAAGUGGUGGUAAUUGCUGGUGAUUCACUAAUUAAGAACGUUGUCGGAGCAAGCAUGAGCAAGACUGACCCUAAUCACUAUUACGUCGUUAAAGCAUUCCCUGGUGCAAAUCUUUCUGAUAUGGAAGAUUUCAUUAAACCUAUCACCCGAAAAUCACCCGAAAAAUCAUCUUACAUGUUGGAACGAACGACUUAA